AUGGCAGGAUAUCAGCUCUGGUCACCGUGGAACCCCCUGGAUGAGAGUUUGCAAUGGCUGCGGCACACAACACCUACCUUUCCCACCAUACACCCUUUCAGGCUCUCGCCUUGCUUCCUACGGUCCUCUACUGAUCCUGAAGUACAACAGUGCUUUCAUGAAGUUGCUGUCGUCUUGGAGGCCCCAAGGAUGGAAGCUGUAAGGGGCUCAGAGUUAUCUGGCCACCUACCUGAGCCAUACAAAGGUACAACAGCCAAGAACAAACAAAUGCUUAAGAAGCCCCAGCCCAUCCGUCUCAUUGGAUUGGAUUCAGUCUUUGGCAGUGUUAUUACAGUCCAGCCACCCAAGUGGACUGGAACCUUCAGAGUUUCUGAGUCAUCAGCCUUCAGCAAAAUUGUCAGCAAAGAGCAACAGUGGCCCACUGGACUCAAGGAGCCACAGAUUGAGAUGACAUUAGCCAUGUGUAAACAGAUGCUACGCUCGAUUCUUCUGCUGUAUGCAAUAUACAAAAAGUGCACCUUUGCCUUGCAACACUCCCAGUAA